UGCCUUGUUUGCAGCCUGGUUAUGAUACACUUUUGCAGGAACGUUUGCCCGCGCUUCUCACUGGUCUGUCGCUUAUAUUCAGUAAUGACUUCAGCGAAACACGUUAAGACGGCCCUCAUUGAUUUGAGCGGCACGAUACAUGUUGACGACAAGAUCAUUCCAGGGGCCGUCGAAGCACUAGAAAGGUUACGUGCUGCCGGGAUCCAAAUCCAAUUCGUGACAAACACUACGAAGGAAUCGCGGCGACGACUGCACGAGCGGUUGGUUAGUUUAGGUUUCAAGAUUUCCUUGGACGAAAUUUUCUCGUCCUUGACUGCUGCCAGGUCUUUCAUUGAGGUGCGGAACCUGAGACCUCACCUUAUGGUGUCUGAGGCUGCUAUGGAAGAAUUUCAAGGUAUGGAUACGAAUGACCCCAAUGCUGUACUGAUUGGAUUGGCACCAGAAAAAUUCAACUAUGCUCCUAUGAAUGAAGCAUUUCGGUUAGUACUGGACGGAGCACUGCUUGUUGCAAUCCACAAGGCACGCUACUACCGCACUAACGACGGCCUGGCCUUGGGACCGGGCCCAUUUGUGAGGGCGUUGGAGUUUGCCACUGACAAGACAGCCGAGAUUGUAGGCAAACCUGACAAGACUUUCUUCCUGACUGCUCUCAGACAGCUCCAUGCUCGACCAGAAGACACUGUUAUGAUUGGUGAUGAUGUUCGUGAUGACAUUGACGGAGCUCAACAAGUUGGCAUCCGGGGAAUUCUAGUGCAAACAGGGAAAUAUAUGGUUGGCGACGAGAUCAAGAUAGAAAAUCGUCCCUGGGCCUUGGUCCCAUCAUUUGUCGAUGCAGUGGACAUGAUACUAAAGUCAAAGAGGUAGAAAUGAUCUGUAUAUUAAGAGGCUUUUAUGCCAGGAAAAGUGGCAUCAUAUUGUGUAAUAAAGCAUUUCUGCAUAAGUUUUUU